AUGGGGAGGAGGGGUGAGGUAGAGAGAGACAGGUUCGAUGUCAGACUGCUGCAGUCGCAGCUGGGCAGGGCUUACGUGCUGUCACUCACACAGGGACACCAUGCCGCAGCCACACUGUGGGGGAGGGGCUGCCUGUGCAGCAGCUCAGGGGUGAGAAGAGGAGCACACUUCACCAGACAUCAACACAGCCAUGCUACCUCCUGCCGACACUUUCACCUGGGCGCUCCCCAGGCGCCCAUCUCAGCAGAGUUCCCUCUAGGACACGCCAGCCAGCCGCCUCAGACCGGUCUGGCCACCCACCUGCCCCCGGCACACCAUCCGCCUCUCACUGCCCUGCCUGCACCCCCUCAGUUCCAGGAUGUGCCGGGGCCUCCAUUCCUACCUCAGGCCUUACACCAGCAAUACCUCAUCCAGCAACAGCUUCUCGAAGCGCAGCACCGCAGGAUUCUCCCGCACACCAGAAGAACGCAGGAGCGUAUUCCCCUGAACCCUCACCGACUGCGUUCAGGCUAUGAGUACUCCCUUCCCCUUCAUGUUCCCCAGCCAAUGACACAGCAGCAGCAGCGGUAUCUGGCCGAAGGCACCGACUGGGAUCUCAGUGUUGAUGCUGGCCUCCCCCACCACCAGUACCAGCUCCAGCAGCUUCCACAGCACUAUCAGCAUUACCUGGCCUCCCCUCGAAUGCACCACUUCCCCAGGAACACGUCCUCAGCACAAGUGGUCGUGCAUGAAAUCAGAAACUACCCGUACCCCCAGCUGCACCUGUUGGCACUGCAAAGUCUCAAUCCUUCAAGGCACGCCACCGCUGUGCGAGAAAGUUAUGAGGAGCUGUUGCAGCUGGAGGACCGGCUGGGGAGUGUCAGCAGAGGAGCUGUUCAGACAACCAUUGAGAGAUUCACCUUUCCACACAAAUACAAGAAGAGAAAGCCCCUGCAUCUGAAGAUUGGGGAGGAGGAGGAAACGGAUGUGGAUGAGAAAUGUACAAUCUGUUUGUCCAUGCUGGAGGACGGAGAGGAUGUCAGGAGAUUGCCCUGCAUGCACCUCUUCCACCAGGGCUGCGUAGACCAAUGGCUGGCCACCAGCAGGAAGUGUCCAAUCUGUCGGGUUGACAUCGAAACACAGCUGAACCCUGACAGCUGAUGAGAUUUAAACCCCCCCACAACUUGUCAAUCACCCUCAUGUGGUUCCUGCUUUCUUCCACUCCGGCCCCCCCACCGCCCUCCCCUUCCCCCCGUUGGGUGCUUUGCCAAAUGUCUCCAGACUUCAUGUGACAUCACCACCCUUCUGACUCACGCUUUACUGAGCCACGCCAGGAUAACUAACUGCACGAGAGGCCACAAAGAACUCUCUUUAAAUAGAAGCACAUCCCUCUGGAGGCAAACAACACACAAACACACACACAUACUCAUGUACACAGGGUUUACUCGUAGCUUGCUGGUCGUAAGUGGGGUGUUGUUGCUGUUGUGGUGUUGUACUGUAGGUAGCCCCGGGCUGUGUAGCAUGUCCUCAAAGCCAUGACUUAAAGUCCUGAGAUUGGAAAACACAUAACCCCACACUGAGCGGGCUACUUCUCUCUUUUCUCUCUCUCUCUCUCUCUCUUUCUAUAUAUAUAUAUAAAUAUAUAUAUACAUUUAUAUAAAUUUCUCUCUUUUCAAAUACACUUCAAAGUUAAUAUUCUGCCACACAAGAAAAACUUAACAGAAACGAAAUGCUCUGAUGCCAUGUUUACCUAAAGAUCAUUUGUGGUCGUAGUAGAGUAGCAGUAACCAACACGAUACCUGGUGCACUGUCACCUUUUGGGGGGCAAGCACCAGCUAGCUGAGUGUUUUAAUUCUAUCAUGCAGCUUUGACAUUGUGCAAUACAGUUGUACAUUUACCUUGGGCUGGUGUCAUGUGAGAUGGCGUGAUGUGAGUAGGCCUCUUUCACUGCCGUGGAAACAGAGCCCAGUGAUCAAGUCGUUGUGUGUUUAAAAUAAAAUAAAAAAAUAGGUAGAAAGUGUUUUUACCAAAAUGCAUUUUGUUACGGUGUAGCUUGAACCUGACGUGCAGGUUCACCAGUAUGUGCUCUGCCCUGCUGUGUGUGACUAAAAAGAAUGUGUCUAAGAAAUGUGUGGAUGUUCAAAAAGUGCAAAUGUGAGUGUGUUUCAAGGGGUCUGCGGCAGCACCAAGAUGUUAACUCGCUGUCUGUUAAUAGCAUGGCCACUGGAGUGCUUAUAAAACACAAAGCCAAAAACAGGGAUGAAAAAAAGGAAACUCACGCUCUGCAGAGUGAGGUGGGAUGAAGAUGUUUCUGCCCUUGUACCUGCAUCUUCAGCUGGCGCAGGGCCAGUGGCAGAACAGUGUGUUCUAAAAAAAAAUGCAUGUUUCAUCAUCGACUUGAGCUGUUAGCUUUGGUAGUGUUUCUUCAAUUUAAAAAGGUAAAGAGAAGGCUUUGCAUGACUUAGUUAAUCUGAGCUGUGACUAUCUUCUCAACACUUACAAAUGCGAAAAAAAAUUAGCACUGUGUCAGUGGCUGCUCCCCUGACUUGUAGCGUGUGUUCAUCCUGUCCCCCUUUGGUGGCAACGAUGGGAUCCUCUUUUUGAUGUUUACCUUAUUGCCUAAAGAACAAGCACAUGUGACAAUAGAUAUAGCAACAAAAGGUUUUCCCUUGGUAUUGCAUUUGCGUUGGUUUAUAUUUAGGUAUAGAUUCAUGCAGUGUUUCGGCAGAGAGAGAAGCUUGCGUAUUGAUCUUGUGUAUUUGUGUGACAGACCUCCCCUCGUGGUUGCUAUGCUGGUUGCUAUGCUGUAUUGCUAGAACAUGUAGAACGUGGUGUGACGGAGGCAGCCUCCCUCUCGCAGUGCACACAGACACGAGACGGCACAACAGCAGAAAAACAUUCAGGCUGUUGAAACAAGUCGACCCCCUCUCUCACUACUUGGCCUGACCGGUUUUUACUUCUUUUUUUUUUUGUUUUACCCUUUGCAUCAUUUCAGUUCCACAGGGCUGUGUAGUAAAAGACGCCUUUAGGACCCUCACUGUCCUAUGCACUGUGAUAGUAGAGGAUAAGACUUGGCCCAGAGACUCUUUUAGCCUUGUUGGGCCAAGAGAUCAAUUAACAAGGAUUACUUCUGCCUGUCUUGUGCACUGCCAGUGUUGACACUGCCUCCUCCUGUAGUGGAGUCAUCUGUGAUGAAGUUUUCAUAGUUUACACAGGGUGUUGUCAGUUGAGAUGCCUUAAGUAUUUAACAAUCAUAAUUUAUUACUAACUGUAGAUAUUGUGGGUAUGUAUUUAAUUUUAUAUAGUUUUUCUGGGGGACGACUGAAUCAUAAUUUAUUUAUUUAGAAAUAACACAAAAAUGCUAUGAAAAAACUAUUACCUCAUUUUAGCAUUGUUUUAAAUGGGAAUGCUUUGCAUGCAGUUGUACUUUUUGGAAAACUAAAGUUAAAGAAAAAAAAAAUUGCCCUGCUGUUUGUUCUCCACAAGCUGGCUGUGCGAUGUUUACUGUCCAAGGCUGAGCUACUGAGCCCUCUCUCUCUCUUUCUCCCUCUCUCUCUCUCUUUCUCCCUCUUUCUCCCUCUCUCUUUCUCUCUCUCUCGUGUGGUGCUGUGGAUCUUGGUUACAUUCCAUUCAAUGCAAUUUCUCUGAUCCCCCAUGCUGUGAUGUAGUGGACAAACUGCAAUGAAGUGAAUUGGUUUCAGUUUGUCAUUAUUUUUUUUGCACUCAUUUGUUUAAAUAUGGGAACCCUCUCACUGGCAAAAAAAGUUAGUUUAGAUAAUUUAAUACUAUGACUCUGGCUUUCAUUUUUUAUCCUCUGCUUCUCACAAUGCACUAUGGGUCUUAAUAAUGAUCAUCUGUGAAGCAUGUUCCUUCGCUUUAACUCUUUGUAUCUAUCUUUUCAUUUUCAUCUCUCUGGUGUCUCUCUUCAGUUCUUCUUCCAGAAUUGUUUGUAGACUUAAGCAUAACAAGUGCCUCGCUUUAAAUGUUAGGAGAUAUUUCCAUAUUACUGAAACCAUUAAGAACAAUCAGUCCAUGAAGCCACCAUGCCUUAUUGGUUGCAUAAUUAUUUCAAAGAAUGAGUCAUGAAGGGAGGUAAGACAACAUUUGACAGGUGUCUAUAAAAGCCAUUAUCCUCAAAAUUUAAGUCAAACUGUCCAAAAUAGUUGUUGGUUUGUAGUGCUGAAGCAUUACAUACUGUGGAAAUAGUUCUAUAGAGAGGCAUGUUUCACUGUGGGCUUUACAAAUACUACAGAAAUUCUUCUUUAGUUAUUUUCUCUAUUUUGUUGUAUAUUCUAUCUCCUACUUUUUAUUUUACCGUCCAUCUCUCCUCUCAGAAUCUCUCCUUUGUUUCCUUUCACAGUCUAAAAGAAAGGCAAGGGUUUUAAAGCACAACCUUUUCUAAAACUGCAUGUUUUCUCAGGUUUCAAUAUAGUCUCAAUGGUUUAAAGUAUAUGGUGAAAAUAUAUACAAAGAAUAUAACAGAAAAACAUUUUGUUGCCGUUUGAAACUGAAAAACAAAGCUGAAGAGAAAAUAUCCCAAAAAGUGCCAGUGAAAGGGCUGCCGCCAUCCUUGUAUGAAAAUCUGCUGUUUAGCUGUGACUGCGCAAUGUUUUUCAAUAUAGGAUAUUUUAUCUGAAAAUAGAACUAUUUAUCAUUAAUAUUAAAGCAAUAGCGCAUUAAUGGUGAUGAGUGUGUUGAUGAGGAAAUGGAUGAGCAUAUUAUGGGUAAAUGUUAGAUUCACAUGUGGUGGAAUUUUGUACUUUAUUUAUUAUUACUACUAAUAAUAAUGAUAAUGAUUUCAAAAGUUGCAUUGCUAAACCCAAACUGUUCUUUUUUUUGUUUUUUAAUUUUAUUUCAUGGCUUGUAUAUUAUCCUUUUGUA